GGUCACACAAAACGUUAACUCUUGCGUAAAAAGAGCAUAUUUUAUUGCAGCUGAGCAAUGGUGUAAGUGGAAAACUGCUAGCUGAAAAAUAUGUUGUCGGGACAUCCACAAUUUCGGACAUAAAGAAAAAAAUAAAGAAAAACUAAAGAACUUCUUUGCAAAUUGCGCCGCUGUUUCAAAGAAUAGGAAGGUGUUGCGGGAACCUGACUACCCAAAAAUGGAGGAUACAUUAUAUAAAUGGUUCAAAUGUCAACGAGAAAGAAAUAUGUAUAUCUGUUACAACAAAUAUUUUAAAAGAAAGGGCUGCUCAAAUUCACGCCCAAUGUUAUGAAAUCAAAACAUUUUCUGCCAGCAAAGAAUGGCUUUAUAGGUUUAAAAAUAGACGUUGUCUUCGUCAAUUAAAAGUGGUCGGAGAGAAAUUGUCUAAUGACUCAUGAAGGAUUUUCAAACGGAAAACAACCUAGAUGGAAAAGCUAUUUUACUAGUUGAUAAUGCUUUUUGUCGCGCAUCUGUUGCGCAGCUUACGAGCGAUGAUGGUAAAAUUAUAACCAUAUUUCUUCCACCUAACUACACAGCUCUUAUCCAACCAAUGGACCAAAACGCAAUACGUUUAACCAAAUUGUAUUAUCGCAAAAGCCUCUUGGUGCAUAUACUGUCUGUGGAAGAAAAUGAUGAUUCCAAAGCCAUUAAAAAUCUCACAAUAAAGGAUGCUGUUUUUUUGCUUGCGAAUUCUUGGGACAAGCUGUCGUCUGAUACAGUAGCAAAAUGUUGGCAAAAAAUUCUUCCCUAUUCAGGGAAUAACGAUAUAGUUAAUACCGAAAACAAUUCCGAUGCUGACGAGCAUCCAGAUGAUAGCAUUUUUCUGUCUGUUCUCAAAGAAAAAUGGACGUCACAGAGUGAAGAUGCACAAGAGCUAAUAGAAAUCGGAGCUUUGUUGCAGAGAAUGGAUAAUAACAAUCACCAACUGCCACAAUCUGAAAUUAGUGAAUGGCUUAUUGGAGAUAACGACCAUUUACCCCAUAGUGACGAUGAUUCCUCCGUUGAAGAAGUCGAAAACAACUAUUAAAAGCUUCAGCACCUGUAUACAAUGGUCAGAGGAAAAUAACGAUGAAUCGGACAGUUUAUGUAUUCUUAGAACGCUACGGCAGCGAUCAAUGGAGGCUAAACAAAAAAGCGUUUGUCAAACAAAAUUAACCGACUUUUUCAAUUAAAU